AUGAUAAUGGGAUUGCAGAGUCUAAUAACAGGAUUGAUUUGUAACAAACCAGAAGAUCCGAUUGCAUUCCUGGAAAGUUCCCUCAAUAAAGUACGUCAAAAUCCGAAUUUCGAAUACAAAUGGGAUUCAUUUGUUGACAAAAAAGUGCUUCAAGAGUAUGAAGAACCGCCCGUCAAACCUGGUUUGAAAGUUUCACAAACUGAAAAGCCAAAGAAAGGAGCAAAGUCAAGGACACCUGGUACUAAACAAACUAAAAGAGUUAGUCCUAAUAGAUCGAUCGUUCCUUCUGCGGCUACUAUCAGCAACAAACCUUCGCUUCAACCAUCAUCCGUUAUGAAAACUACAGAUGCAACAUUAAUACCGGACGUGCCGAUCAUUUUAUUCAUGGGAGGUCCAGGAGGUGGCAAAACACGACAUGCAGCUCGAGUGCAGGAAGUUUUAAGUAAAUUCGGUCUUGUGCAUAUUUGCAUGCCCGAUGUGAUCCGAGCGGCGAUCGCAGAAUAUCAGAACACUGAUGUCGAAUGGAAAGAAGCAGCACAGCGGUAUCAGCGAGGCGAAUUGAUACCCAAUAAUUUAGCGCUUGGACUUGUAAAAGCGGAAAUGAGUAAGCAUCGGAAUGCAAAAGCUUUCUUUCUUGAAGGUUUUCCACGUGAAGCACGACAGGUUGAGAAUUUCGAACGUGAGGUAAGACCUGUAAAUAUGGCAAUGAUUCUGGAUUACGAUGAAGAUACGCUACGACAACAUAUGGAAAGUCGUGGAUUAAAUAUAGAAGUAAUUGAUGCCAAAAUUCGUGAAUUCAAGCUCAAAACUUUGCCAAGCGCCAAAUAUUUUGAUGACCAACGAUUGCUACAUCUGAUACCUGGAGAACAAACUGAUCAAUGGAUUUUUGAACGUAUGAAAUUGUUAAUUCAGCGAGCAAUGGAACUUGGCGUUCCAGUCACAACUUCAAAAGUGGCUUCAAGAGCGGGAUCACCAUUACAACGACCUGAUACGGUUGCUACUGUGACACAAGCUGCAGCAAUUGUAGAAGCUGCAGUAGCCACUGCACAAAUUUCUGAAAAUCAAUUACGUCCGGCGACAAAAACAGAAGUAAGAGAGAAUGAGCAGAAAGAAGAUCUAAGACAGACCAGUGCUGCAGAAACGGAAGCUGAGCCUGCUACGUCAGCUUUAAAUUCUCCGGUAACAGCGAGAGAUAUAUUAAAUACAACAACGUCAGCAUCUGAGAAACCUACACCAGAAACACCAGCUGAAAAUGAAAAGCCGUUAACUGCCUCAAAACGUGAAUCAUCAUCCAAGGGAAAUGUGGUAAAUAAGUCAAAACCCGAUGAAAUCAAAACUGUUCCCACGAUAGGAGCAGCAACAGGUGCAGAAGCACGUGAAAGGCCACAGAUAUCAGAAACUACCGGUGAAGCUGCAACACAAUCGACACCAAUUAUGCCGAAUGCUACAAAUGAUGCAUCAAAUGUGGAAGUGUCACCACAGACAUCAAGCAGACCGAACACUAAAAAGACGCUGAACAAAAUGAGCAGGACAAUUUCGCAAACUUCAAAAUCAUCCGAAAUGUCGCACCGAUCUAUAUACAGCGCCAAAAGUAAAAAUCAAUCAGUGCAUAGUAACAAAAGUGAAAACCAGUUGGCUGGUGGACCAUCGUCCGAUUCAAAAUCAAAUACAUCCGUAGUGGAUAACCGCUUUCCUCCAGGUCUACCCAAUAACGCAUUAGCUAUUGUCAUUGUUGGUCCUCCAGGAUCUAAUAAAGCGGAAAUUUCAAAGCGUAUAGCCCGACGAUAUGAUGGUUUCAUGUAUCUUAGUAUGGGCGAUUUGCUUAGGAAAGAGGUACGAUCAAAUGCGGAUGAUCAAUUGUGGCAAAGAAUCGGGAAGAAAAUAGAUGCCGGUGAACCGGUACCUACGAAAAUCUGUCGUGAAUUACUAUACUCAAAAAUUUACGAGGAAGAUAAUAUUAGUAGUGGUUAUGUUAUUGAAGGUUAUCCGCGGGCGAAGAAUCAAGCUGUCGAUUUUGAAAAUCAGACUAAUCGUCUUGCUUUGGUGGUCUUAAUCGAUUGCACUGAAGAAUUUUGCACUAAAACUAUCGAGAAACGCAAAAAGGAUGAGGUGGUAGUCAGGCCAGACGACAAUUCGGAAGCAAUAAAUGCUCGUCUGCAGAUGUUCAAGCAGAAUACACUACCGAUGCUAAAAUAUUUCGAUGAUAAAGGAAAGCUUAAAGUGGUUGAUGGUGACAAUAAUCCAGAAAAGAUUUUUGAGGAAGUUGUCGAAGAACUCGACGGGAUUAUUCUAGUCAAAAAAGAAGAAUGUAAGGAAAACCAGUCAUUAUCGGAAACAUCACAGAAAAGAAGUGCGGGACAGUAAUGCUACGUUGUGUAAAUGUGAUUAUCAGUGAUAGUGAUUGACUUUGAUAAUGAUGUUCUUUCUUUCUGUAGAUAUUUUCAGUUAUUUCAAAAGUUUUUAUCAUGAAUCAAAGUAACAUCAUCGGAAUAAUGAGUUCAGUACCCAGUGAAAUGCUCAAAAUAGUAUGAGAUAGUAAUUAAAUUUAAGAAAAGCC